CGUCACAUCCCGCUGUCCUUCCCGUUUCUCCAAGGGAAGAGAAAUGUCUGCCUCCAUCAGAAGCAUGUCUCUGACAGUCUGCCGUGUUGCGAGAGCUGUUUACAGAGCUUCUAAUCCAGCCACACGUUCACUGAGUACUGGAGCUUGCUUAAGAACAGAAAGCAACCCUGCUGAAGGAUCAUGGGGCUUCAUUGAAUCCAGAGAGGAGUUCAGGUUUGUGGAGAGACUUAUUCCUCCUUCACGAAUCCCAACUCCACCUGAACAUGAUGGUCCUGCACCGUCAGGAUGGAUCCCAGCAUCAGCUUCACCACCUUCACUGCCUUACAUGAUCCGUCGCUCCCGAAUGCACAAUGUGCCUGUAUAUUCAGACAUCAAGCAUGGGAAUCAGCACAGCACUCUGCUCAGAAAGGUUGAGGGAGAAAUAUGGGCCCUGAAUAAGGAUGUUAAGGAAUUCCUGCGGGGGCUUACAGGCAAAGAGCCUCCAACACAGGUCAAUGAAGUAACUGGGACCAUCAGAAUUAAAGGGCAGUUUGAUAAAGAGCUGAAGGAGUGGCUACUGAAGAAGGGCUUUUAAAUUCUGAUGUGGGCACAGCCAAUGAACUGAACUGCAAUACAAAGGCUGAGAGGAAAUGAAUAAGAAUGUUCUCUCCUCCAUAAAGUGGACAAACUGUAAAUUAUCAUUAGUGUACCGUUUUCAGUACCACUGUUUUGUUAUUGUAUUAUUGUUAUUUCUUAGGAUUGAAACAAAUAAAUGUAAGGUGUUCACUAAAUCCUAUUUGUAAUAAUUGUGUCUUUUAAAAAAGGCUUAAUAUAAAUCUGUGCAUCUAAUUAUGCAUGCACUUUUGUUUAAAUGCAAACAUCACACAGUUAUGCAUAUGGUAAUAAAACAGUAAAAAAAAA